AUGCCGCACAAGCCGACGACUCCCGCCGCAUCUGCCGCCGGAUCUGCCGGCGCAUCAACCGGUGCCGCUUCUUCAUCUUCCCCGGCAGCGCCUGCUGUCGCAGCAAGUACCGCGUCCGGUGGUGGGCCAAACGUAACGGCGGGAGCCGUCGCGACAGGGAGCCGCAGCGCCACGUUACGAACGACGACACCGAACCGUACCACCUCCUCCCCCUCCUCCUCCUCGUCGCCCACGAUCGCGUUUCCGAAUCUCCAGUCGCCCUACUUCCCAUUUGAGGACGCGGAUUUCUUGGAAGCUUUUGAAAGCGCCGCGUCGCGGCAUAUCGAAACGCGUGACGAGGCGCCUCGACAACCGUCGAUUGACGAGCGAGCCUCCGCACUUCGCGGCGGAUUGUCGAAGCCGAGCGAUUCGGAAGAAGCGGCGGCGGGGAGCUACGAUCUGUCGGUUGCCGAACGGGCGGUUCAACUCUCGUGUCGUCUCACGAAGAAGGUUCAGGCGCAGCUGCGGCGCGAAGCGGAAGAUGUAACGCGGUCCAAGCCGGAUAAGUCGUACGUUACUGUAGCAGACUGGGGCGUUCAGGCGGUUGUCAGCUGGGUCCUGAAGCAGGCUUAUCCGGGGGAGGUGGUAUCUAUGAUAGCGGAGGAAGAUACGAAGCAGCUGACGAAUGACGCGGGAAGCACGCUCCUCGCGCGGCUUGUUGGCGUAGUUAACGAGUGCCUUGCCGAGGCGCGCCUGGUCGGUAUUGAGCCGCCGGAGCGCCCGCUAGAGGCACCUGAGCCGGUUGAGAAGGCGAACUCGAACCAAACGUUCACGGCAGGCCUGGCGGACCUCCUCGGAAUCAGUAACGCUCCUCUCCGCGUGUACAGCAUGGCAAAGUACGCUGCUAUCGCCCGCGGCGAUGCCGACAUAUUUAUGAAAUUCGCACGUAACGGUUACCAGGAGAAGGUCUGGGACCACGCUGCAGGGGUGGUGAUUGUGGAGGAGGCGGGCGGCGUGGUAACGGAUGCGGGCGGCAAGCCCUUGGAUUUCACUAGAGGCCGUUUUUUAAGCUCGCUCGACAGAGGGAUCGUGGCGUCGAGCAGCUUGGAACUGCACCAGCAGUUGCUGACGGCCAUUGAUGCAAGCUGGCGAGUGUACCACGGAGGGGAAUUUACCCCACAAGACACCAACACCCUGCUGAUGCUCCAGCAGCAGGAUCUUAUGCAGGUGGAUGUGCCAUGUGGGAACUCCGCAAGGCCUUUUGAGGGUCCCAACCAAGAGCUGCUGUGGCUCCGUCGGCAGAAGCUGUUUCCGUUGCCUGCUGCUGCUUGCGCCUUGCCUGGUCAGAAUGGCCGUGAGGGCUUGCAUGAGGGGCACGCUCAACAGGAGGGCAACAAUGCUGAUUUGGGAUGCUGUUAG